AGAAAAGAAAGAUCCCCUCGCCUCUGUAACUCUGCCAAGCGACAUUCAGUAACACUCACUUCCUCUCUUUCUAAAACCAACACUUGAGGGGAAAGAAAGAAGUCCAUUUUGCUUUCCCAAAAAUCUUACUUGAUCAAAAGCAAUGCUAAAUUCAAAUUUUAGGAAGUUUUCAUUACCAAAACCCUAAUUUUAUUCAUUUAUAUUGAAUCGAUCUCAUUAUAGAAAUGGCUUUCAUGGCUGUUCUUGAGGCAGAUCUACGAGCUCUUUCUACAGAAGCUCGCCGUAGAUAUCCUGUAGUUAAAGAAGGCGCUGAACAUGCAAUUAGAAAGUUGAGAUUGUUGUCGAGUCCGGCUGAAAUUGCACAGAAUGAUGAUAUAUUGAAGAUAUUCUUGAUGGCUUGUGAGGUUAAAACUGUGAAGAUGAGUACUAUUGGACUUUCAUGUUUACAAAAGUUGAUAUCUCACGAUGCUGUUGUACCAUCAGCAUUGAAGGAGAUUUUAUCUACCUUGAAAGAUCAUGCUGAAAUGGCCGAUGACAUUGUUCAACUGAAGACUUUACAAACUAUACUCAUUAUAUUCCAGUCGCGAUUACAUCCUGAAAAUGAGGACAAUAUGGCCCAAGCACUUGGUAUAUGUCUGCUUCUCCUUGAAAAUAACCGGUCAUCUGAUAGUGUGCGCAAUACUGCUGCAGCUACUUUCAGGCAAGCGGUGGCGUUGAUUUUUGAUCAUGUUAUCGCUGCUGAGUCACUUCCUGCUGGUAAAGCGGGUGCUGGAAGUCAUUCCUCUCGAUCCAAUUCAGUCACUGGUGAUCUCAGUCGCAGUAUAAACCGCGCAGAGUCACUUGAAAAUGAUUUUCCUUCUGGAGGGCCACUGCCAGUGCGAGAUAGUUUAACUAAAGCAGGAAAAAUUGGGCUUCGCUUGCUUGAAGACCUGACAGCACUAGCUGCAGGUGGAUCUGCAACGUGGUUACGCAUUAACUCUCUUCAAAGGACAUUUGUACUUGAUAUACUAGAGUUCAUUCUGUCAAAUUAUGUGGCUAUAUUUAGGACUUUGGUGCCAUACGAACAGGUCUUGCGUCAUCAAAUCUGCUCACUUCUCAUGACUUCACUCCGGACCAAUGCUGAGCUUGAGGGUGAAGCGGGGGAGCCUUCUUUUCGCCGUCUGGUCUUGCGAUCGGUCGCUCAUGUUAUAAGACUUUACAGUUCAUCCCUUGUCACCGAGUGUGAGGUUUUUCUUAGUAUGUUGGUGAAGGUAACUUUUCUGGAUUCACGACUGUGGCACCGCAUUCUUGUUCUAGAAGUCUUAAGGGGAUUUUGCGUGGAGGUACGGACAUUAAGCCUCCUUUUCCAGAAUUUUGACAUGAAUCCCAAGAACACAAAUGUUGUCGAGGGUAUGACUAAAGCUCUUGCUAGAGUUGUUUCAAGUAUACAGAUUCCAGAUACAAGCGAAGAAAGCCUUGCGGCAGUUGCAGGAAUGUUUAGUAGCAAAGCCAAAGGAAUCGAGUGGAGCCUGGACAAUGAUGCUUCAAAUGCUGCAGUCAUGGUUGCUAGUGAAGCUCAUGCAAUAACUUUAGCAGUUGAAGGUCUUUUAGGUGUCAUUUUUACCGUGGCCACUUUGACAGAUGAAGCUGUGGAUGUUGGUGAGCUUGAAUCCCCCAGAUGUGAUAGUGAACCUCCAUUCAAGUGUACUGGGGAAACUGCAGUUCUCUGCACCGCUAUGGUUGAUUCCAUGUGGUUGACCAUCCUUGAUGCUCUUUCCCUGAUUUUGACUAGGUCACAAGGAGAAGCUAUCAUAUUGGAAAUAUUGAAAGGAUAUCAGGCAUUCACUCAGGCAUGUGGGGUGCUCCAUGCUGUAGAACCUUUGAAUUCUUUCCUUGCCUCCCUAUGCAAAUUCACGAUCAGUAUGCCAAUUGAGGCUGAAAAGAGGAGCAGUGUUUUACAAUCUCCCGGGUCAAGGCGGGCCGAACAUUCAAUUGAUCUGCGGGAUAGUGUAGUCCUUACUCCAAAGAACGUGCAGGCCUUGAGGACCCUCUUCAACAUAUCUCAUCGAUUACAUAAUAUGUUGGGCCCAUCAUGGAUUUUGGUGCUGGAGACUCUAGCUGCACUAGAUCGGGCAAUCCAUUCUCCACAUGCUACAACGCAGGAGGUCUCUGCUUCGGUUCCAAGGCUCACAAGAGAAUCAUCUGGCCAGUAUAGUGAUUUCAGCAUCCUUUCUUCACUGAAUUCUCAAUUGUUUGAGAGCUCAGCAAUGAUGCACAUAUCUGCAGUUAAGUCACUUCUUUCUGCCCUACGCCAACUAUCAAAUCAAUGCAUGCCAGGAAACUCAAGUAAUCCUGUACAAACUUCAAGUCAGCACAUUGGAAGCAUAACUUUCUCCGUUGAAAAAAUGAUAUCGAUACUAACAAAUAAUAUGCACAGAGUGGAGCCUCUGUGGGAUCAAGUUGUUGGACAUCUUCUUGAGCUUGCGGAUAAUUCUAGUCACCACUUACGAAAUUUGGCACUGGAGGCAUUAGAUCAAUCGAUAUGUUCUGUCUUAGGUUCUGACAAAUUCCAAGGGUCUCGUUUUAGACAUCCAAAUAAGGAAAUGGAUAUUACCAGUACAGAAUCAAAUUCAUUUGAGUAUGCUGUGAUAUCACCAUUACGGGUCCUUUACUUUUCAACAGAAAACCUUGAUGUCCGAGCUGGAUCGUUGAAAAUUCUGCUGCAUGUUUUGGAGAGACACGGGGACAAGCUGUAUUAUAGUUGGCUGGCAAUUCUCCAAACAUUGAGGUCUGUUGCUGACGCAUCAGAGAGGGAUCUUAUCCCGUUAGGAUUCCAGAGCAUACGUGUUAUAAUGAAUGAUGGGCUAGCGACUAUACCUGUACACUGGUUGGACAUAUGUAUAGAAGUAACAGGAGCAUACAGUGCCCAAUUAACCGAACUUAAUAUAAGCCUGACAGCGAUAGGCCUUCUCUGGACUACAACUGAUUUUAUUGCUAAGGGGCUCCCUCAUGGGAAUCCUGAACACAAGGAAACAGGAUCUAUUGAUGGACAUGCUAUAAAGCACAAAGGUGAUGAAAAGAUGGAUGAAGAUGUUGAAGAUAAAAUUCAUCAACGUUUUCCAUUAGUGCGGACGAGCGAUCGUGAAAAAUUGCUAUUCUCAGUUUUCUCUCUACUUCAAAAGCUUGGAGCUGAUGAGAGGCCAGAGGUUAGGAAUUCUUCAAUCCGGACACUUUUUCAAACUCUGGGCACCCAUGGACAAAAGCUUUCGAGGCGCAUGUGGGAAGAUUGCCUUUGGAAUUAUGUUUUCCCCACAUUGGAUCACGUUUCCCACAUGGCUGCACAUUCAUCCACUGAUGAAUGGCAAGGUAAAGAACUUGGGGUGAGAGGGGGGAAAGCAAUUCACAUGCUCAUACAUCAUAGUCGUAACACAGCUCAGAAGCAGUGGGAUGAGACUAUUGUACUUGUAUUAGGUGGAAUUGCACGCAUUCUAAGAUCCUUUUUUCCAUUCCUUAAAAAUUUAUCCAAUUUCUGGACAGGAUGGGAGUCCUUGCUUCUUUUUGUAAGAAAUAGCAUUUUAAAUGGUAGCAAGGAGGUUGCUCUUGCUGCAAUAAGUUGUUUGCAGACAACUGUUGUUUCACAUUCUCCCAAGGGGAACAUGCCUAUGCCUUACCUCAAGUCAGUGCUUGAUGUAUACGAGCUUGUUCUUCAAAGAGGACCAAACUGUAGUGCUAUUGCUGCGAGCAAGGUUAAGCAGGAAAUCCUACAGAGUUUAGGUGAACUAUUUGUUCAAACACAAAAGAUGUUUGAUGAUGACCUGUAUUUGCAGUUGCUGAAAAUCAUACAUUUGGCUGUUAGGCAACCCAAGAGUACCAGUGAUAGCAGUGAAGCAGAUACUGGACAUAUUCCACCAGUCCAACGUACUAUGCUGGAGGUUCUACCACAGUUGCGUCCAUCUGAUCACCUGUCCUCCAUGUGGUCUCAUCUUCUUCGGGAGCUUUUGCGCCACCUUCCUGGAUCUGAUGUUCUUUUAGCAGACCAGGAAAAUGAAGCAGAAGUUGACAAACAUAAGCCAGGAAAUGGUAAAAUGGCACUUCAUGUGGAUUUGGUUUCUCCUGUGGACAGGCAAAAGCUCGAGGGUUCUCCUAUGACACCCACCAAAACUCAAAAAAUGGGUAAGUCGGAGUUUCCUAAUGGGGUUGCCACUGCCUCUCAAUCUCCGAAGUCAGGCUCAGCCACAACUAAGAGUGGGCCUCCAAGCAUCACAAAUCAUUUGUUUGCUGAAAAGCUUGUUCCGGUUCUGGUUGACCUUUUUGUAUCAGCUCCUAGGGUUGAAAAGUACAAUAUAUUUCCCGAGAUCAUUCAAGGUUUUGGAAGGUGUAUGGCGACUAGAAGAGAUAAUCCAGAUGGGGCUCUGUGGAGAUUAUCUGUCGAAGGCUUCAACCGUAUACUUGUUGACGAUGUUAGCAGGACAAGUGCUGAUGGUUUGCAAGAUCCAAUCAUAGCAAGACCUUCCAGAACACGUCUGUGGAAAGAAGUUGCGGACGUAUACGAAAUAUUCCUUGUUGGUUCUUGUGGCCGUGCACUUCCAUCCAAAGUCAUUUCAUCUGCAACACAGAAGGCUGAUGAAACUCUCGAGAUGACUAUCCUGGAUGUGCUGGGAGACAACAUUCUGAGUGAACAAUCUGAUGCGCCAGACGAUAUUCUGCUGCGGCUAAUUUCUGCUCUGGACCGGUGUGCAUCACGAACGUGCUGUUUACCCGUUGAGACUGUGGAACUCAUGCCUUCACACUGCAGCAAAUUUUCCUUAACUUGUUUGCAGAAAUUAUUUUUGCUGUGCAGAUACAGUAAUAAAGCGAAUGUUUGGAGCGCAGCAAGAUCCAGAGUCAGCAGGAUCUCAAUCAGUGUACUGACUAAGAGAUGCGAGUUCAUACUUGAUAAAUUCCUAAUUGAUGAGAAAGAUCUUGGUGAGCGUCUAUUACCGGCAUUAAGAAUUGAAGAGAUUGUUUAUGUCCUUGAGGAGUUGUCUCAUCUGAUUAUUCACAUCGAAACAGCUUCUACUCUUCCUUUACGGCCCUACUUGAUAGAAGGCCUACCAAGGAUAGAAAAUUACGGCUCGCGAGCGCACCUGCUUGUUCUGUUUCCAUCCCUCUGCGAACUUGUUAUCUCAAGGGAAACGAGAGUAAGAGAGCUAGUGCGAGUGCUGCUUAGAUUGAUCAGUUCAGAGUUGGAAGUUCAAAAGGUCAGUUUAGCUUAGAAAAGAAAAACUGAAUGGCCAGUAGGCCUGUUGGCAAAACUGAAAGGAUUACAAGGUUUGAUUAUAUCCUUCUUUGCUUCAGUUCUGCUGUCCAGUGUCAUGGUGUAUUGUAAUUGUGUUUUGUACAUUAAUAUACAAGAAUCAGAUCAGAAAACAAUGGGAUGCAAUUUUUUUUUCCUGUCAAACAUUUUCAGGAAUCCGAGUCUUGUUCACUAAUUGAAACCCUGUAACCUGUAAGCCAAAAUUUGGUCAAAGUACAACAGUUGCAAAGGCAUGUUUUGUACAAGUUACUGGUAGGGUAAA